GCGGCGCGCGUCAGAGAUGGGAACACGUGUCCUGUGUUGACGGUCCAAAGUCUAAAGGCACCGGGUUUCCGGAAGCCGUGAGUUUUGACAGAAGUUUUUUGUUGCUUGCCUACGAGUUCCCCGAGUCCACGAAUCCCCGCCCCACCCCUUCCCAGACCAUGAGCGCCCCGGGCGUGCAGUCAUUUAGCCAGCAGAGCUGGGAGCAGGUUCUGUCCAAAGCCAAGAGGGCUCUGGUCUACCUGGACGCCGCCAGCGCCGAGAGCCUGCACUGGAGCUGCGGAUCCACUCGCCUCCUGGAGGCCGUGGGGGACCAAGCGUGUCACCUGAGGGAGUUUGGACCCGAUGCCGUCGGUGGCCGAGCCGAGCAGCCCAAGGCGCUGUUCGUGUUGAGCCGUCUGCUGAAAGGCCGGACGGUAGACACCCUCCGGGACAUCAUCCGCCGCAGUCACUUCCAGUACUGCGUGGUGGUCACGGCCGUGAGCCACGCUGUCCACCUCACGGCUAACCACGUGCCGGCGGCUGCGGCGGCCGAGCUAGAGGGGCAGCGGCCGGUGUUCGAGCAACUGGAGGAGAAGCUGUGCGAGUGGAUGGGUAACAUGAACUACACGGCCGAGGUGCUGCACGUCCCACUGUUGUUCGCCCCUGCUGCUCCCCACCUGGCCUUGACCCCUGCCUUUGCUACUCUUUUCCCGCUCCUACCCCGCGAUGUACAUCUCCUGAACAGUGCCAGACCCGACAAGAGGAGGCUUGUCAGCCUGGGCGAGGUGGACGCCACAGCCCUGACCCCAGAGCUUCUGCUGCAAAUCAGGUGCCUGGUGUCUGGCCUUAGUUCUCUGUGUGAGCAUCUAGGGGUACGAGAGGAGUGUUUUGCCGUGGGCACCCUCAGUCGGGUCCUCGCUGCAGAUCUGGCAAAUUACGCGCCUGCCAAGAACAGGAGGAAAACCGCUGCGGGCAGGGCAUCCGUGGUCUUUGUGGAUAGAACUCUCGAUCUCACAGGAGCAGUUGGACAUCAUGGAGACAACUUGGCAGAGAAGAUGAUUUCGGUGCUCCCACAGCUUCCAGGCCACACAAAUGAUGUGAUGGUCAACAUGGUGGAGCUCACUGCACUCCAAGCCCUGGAAGACAAGCAGAAUGUAAUUGCACCAGGCUGUCUUGCUCAGUCCAAUGACUCUUCUGGUAAAACCCUGUGGGAAGCCUUGCUGAGCUCCAGGCACAAGGAGGCCGUGAUGGAAGUGCGGAGACACCUAGUGGAAGCAGCCAGCCGAGAACAGCUGCCCAUCAAGAUGAGUGUGGGGAGAGUCACACCAGGGCAGCUCAUGUCCUAUAUUCAGCUUUUCAAGAACAACCUCCAAGCUCUGACCAAUCACUGUGGGCUCCUACAGCUUGGGCUGGCCACAGUCCAGACUCUGAAACAUCCACAGACCACCAAGUGGGACAACUUUCUGGCAUUUGAAAGGCUCCUUCUACAGAGCCUUGGGGAUUCGGCCGUGGCUGUGGUGGUGAAGCAGCUGCUGCCGAUGAUCAAGCCUUCCGCGCAGAGGAGCGACGUUGACUACAGCCCCGAGGAGCUGCUCGUCCUCCUCGUGUACAUCUAUUCUGUCGCCGGGCAGCUCCCAGUGGACGAAGACCUGCAAGAAGCUGAAAGCAAGGUGAAGAGGGCCCUGGCUCAGGCCUUCUGCGAGGAGUCGGAGCUGUCACCUCUGCUGCAGAGAAUCACAGGCUGUGACUCUGCAGUCAACCUGACAUUUCCUAAGUCUCAGGCUGCCGUGGAGGAGCUCUUCACGUCUCUCCGGGAGAUCGCCGGAGCUCGGGAUCUCCUGAGGCAGUUCAAGUCUGUGUAUGUUCCUGGGGACCACACCCACCAGGCAUCCUAUAAGCCACUGUUGAAGCAGGUUGUGGAGGAGAUAUUUAAUCCUGAGAAGCCAGAUUCUGCCGAUAUUGAACACAUGUCCUCAGGCCUCACUGAUCUCCUUAAGACCGGAUUUAGCAUGUUUAUGAAGGUGAGCCGGCCCCAUCCCAGCGACCAUCCCCUCCUGAUCCUCUUCGUGGUGGGCGGUGUCACAGUCUCUGAAGCCAAAAUGGUCAAAGACCUUGUGGCAUCCCUGAAGCCAGGAACACAGGUGCUGGUGCUGUCCACGAGACUCCUGAAGCCACUCAGCAUUCCUGAGCUGCUGUUUGCCACUGACCGGUUACAUCCAGACCUUGGCUUCUGAUACCAGCAAAGAAGAUAAGAUCUGCAAAUACCAGCACCAGGCUGUCACCAUUCCAGACAGGCUUCCGAAACCGACGCCCCCGUGGCUAAUUAUGGGCAUGAUGGAUUUCUGCCCGAGGGGUCUUGAUAACCCUACAAGGCUCUUUGCUUGGAUAUUGGGGUUUUUUUAUUAUUAUUACUAUUAUUGUUUUUCAUUCUGCAGCUGCCUUUAGCUGACCACACUAGUGAUCAAUCCCAUUAUCAUUAACCUCUUAUUUGUAAUCUUCCUAUAAACCCAGUAGCUAAUUAAUUCUAAAUAAAAGCCUGUUGGCAAGUGGUAGUGGA